AAUACUAUUUUAAUAAGCAAUCUUCUCCCAGGAUGUCAGGGGUCCUUUUUCAUUAGCCUCCCCUCCUUUUGGGCUUGUCAAGGAGUAUAACAACUUGGAGAAGAGGCAGCGGAGGACCUGGUUUCCUUACUCAUUAGCCUCCCACCCACUCACUCCAAUCUUUUGGCUUGUCAAGGAGUAUAACAACAACUUGGAGAAGAGGAAAUCGAAGGGAGUGGAGCAUCCUCAAAGAGGGCAUCCAUGUGGUCGUGAGUGAAGGAGGGAGUGAGCACGCAGGGAAGGGAAGACGGUGACUCGGCCCGGGGUUUGGAGAAGGCGGCGGCCAUGGGAGACUCGGGUCUUUUGGGCUCCUCCUCGGUGUCGGCCCCUCCGCGGGUCCACAGCGCCAUCGUGGAGCGCCUCCGGGCGCGGAUCGCCGUCUGCCGCCAGCACCACCUCAGCUGCGAGGGCCGCUACGAGCGCGGGCGGGCGGAAAGCGCGGAUCGAGAGCGGGAGAACACCUUGCAGCUGCUCAGCCUCGUCCAGCAGGGACCCGCCGCCAGGAAAGGCAGCAAGCACGGCGGCAGCAAGGCGGCCCAUGCGCACGGCCCCGCGGCGCCACCUAACGCAACAGCGCCCCCUGCGGCGGACUACUUCCACGCCCCGCUGGUCAGCAACGGCACAGCCGCCAAUGGCCGGAGUGGGCUCAACGGGGAGCAGCAGCAGCCACACAGCGCCGCGGAGCAGAGGAACUCCGCCCUCAUCGCGCUCCAAGGUUCUUUGAAGAGAAAGCUGGUGGUGAAUCUCUCGCCAGCCAACAAUAAAAGAUCAAAUGGCAUUGCUGACAACGCCUUCCUUGACAUUAAGAGGGUCCGUGUUGGGGACAAUAACCUUUCUGCAGGACAUGGACACUGUGGUAACAAUUGCCAGAACCCCUCGGUGUUAGGAGCCUUGACAGUUGGCCAAGGUUCUCAGAGGGUCAACAGUCCAACAAACAGUACCCACUCAAAUGCCAAUGGGAUGUUUAACUUGACACUAAAGGAGGUAAAGAAAGAACCAGGAGAGACCUACUCUUGCAGCAAACACUCAGAUAAUCAAGCGUCCCAGGGCCAUCCUUUUCCUAACAGAUACGGAGAAGACAUGGGAGAACAGCUGAUGGACCCAGAACUUCAGGAACUAUUCAAUGAGCUGACGAAUAUUUCUGUGCCACCCAUGAGUGAUCUUGAACUUGAAAAUAUGAUAAAUGCCACCAUCAAGCAAGAUGAGCCAUUUAACAUUGACCUCGGGCAGCAGAUCCCGAGAACUCCCCCUGCCAGAUCUACAUCAUUGCAGAUGGAUAAGAUGGUGAUCAAGCAAGAAUAUUCACCCACGAUGAACCAGGCUUCAGCUGGGUCACCCCAAAUGAGGCCUUCCUCUACGGGUCCCCCUUUCACCAUGUCAACUGCUGCUAUGUCCACCUCAUCUCCAAUUCCUUCAGUGCCUCAGACUCAAACCACUCCAUCUCAAGCACCAUCAAUUCCCAACCGACCAAUGGGCAGCUGGCAGGAAGUCUCCCAUGCCCAGCAGUUGAAACAAAUAGCAGCCAACCGUCAACAACAUGCCAUGAUCCAGCAAUGCCAGCAGGGUCAACCGUCCUCCUGGCCCACUUUGUCACCUGCAGAGCCUCCCCCUGGAUCGUUUGUCCAGGAAAAAAUGGCCAACCCUCCUUUUCAUCAGCAGCAGUUCAACCCGCAGAACUCGGGAGUACCUGCAAAUGGGAAUCUGCCAAAAGGAAUGAAUAACUACAUCUACCGGGCAAAUGCCCUAUCCCAGGGAGGCUCUGUCAACACCAUGAUGCAGCGAAAGACUCAGGACCUCAGCAGAGGUUAUAUCAGCAACAGUCAGUUGCCGCUGGAGGAGCCUCAGAACAACAUCAAGCCUUUGUUUCACUUCAACUCUGAACAACCAAGCCAGCAAAUGCCUUCCGUUUUGAGCUCCCAAAACAAGCCUUCGAUUCUGCACUAUGCACAGCAGCAGCAGCAACAACAACAGCCUAACUCAGUAGCUGUCCAGCCGCAGACACAGCAGCAACAAUCAACACAACAGCAGCAACAAUCUACCCAGCCUCUUCAAAGACCACCAAAUGUUUCCUUAGCUUUGCAGCAAAAAAUUAUGCUCCAGAAAAUGCUGCAGAAUCAGCCCCUGUCAAGACAGCAGUAUCCUGUUCCAACACAGCACCAACUGGAUCAACACUCCGUCCUUGGCCAAAGUACAGCCCCCAGCCCAAGUUCUGGCACUUGUACAAAUCCAAAUGCUGGAAGCAGUUACAUGAAUUCACCCCAGCAAGCGUUGCUGAAUCAGCAGCUGAAACAACAACUUCUCCUGCAGCAGCAGCAGCAACAACAACAACAACAGAUAUUAACAGAAGCAGAGAAGAUAACUCCUCAGGACCAGCUGAAUCGGCACCUCGCGAGGCCACCACCGGACUAUAAAGACCAAAGAAGGAAUCAAGUCAACAUACAGCAAACCCACCAAUAUUCCAGUGGAUCAGCCACUGUGAGCAUCAGUUCCAGCCUAUGCUUUUCCAACCCCAUUUCAACUCCUUUGACACAAACGUCAACUCUACUAUCGACAGCUCAUGGAACCAGGCUGCCUUCUCUUCCGGCCAGUCACCACAUGAGCUGUUAUGGGAAUGUCCCUCGCAGUCAACCCAACGCGUACAAUGUGACAUCUUCAAGGGUGAGCCCAGUCCCACAGAACAGGAACCCAAAUCCAGUUGUAUCUAGUCAGAACAGUCCAGCAGCCUCUCAACAAGUCCCUCCUGGGCAAGGAAACAACUUACCGACAUUUAAUAGUGGUCCCGGGAUCAACCCCCAGCAAGGGAAGCUUGGCUUGAGCCAAGGGACCGCCACACAAAGACCGGCAAACGUGUUGGUCUCUUCGAAUUCCACAUCUCAGAACUGGGUUUCUCCAGAAACAGGAGUAAAACAAGAAACACGAAAGGCCAUGGGUUCCCCUUUCCCAACAGGGAGCCCUUAUACAAACCAGCAAAUGCAACGCACAGCUGCUCACCAGCAAUUCUCCCAGCGUGCCAUGGUGCCUGCUUCCCAGUUGGCCACUGCCCAGAUGAGGACACCCGUGAGCCAGAUGAACCAGACUCUAAAUGGACAAGUGGCUGGGUCACCAAAAUCCCAGAAUGCAAGGUCUAACCAGGUACGGGCACAGGCCAUGCCACACUUAAAUCCAGCUGGGGUUGGCAUGGCAUCUCCACCACACACCUUGCCAUCCAACCAUUUUUCAUCCUCUGCCAAUCCAACACCUGCCAGGGCUUAUCAAGGAACUGAUCAUGCUAGCGACCUAGCAUUUGACUUUCUGAACCAGCAUGGAGAUAACAUUGGGCCAGCGCUCAACAGUGAUCCGGACUUCAUUGAUUCUUUGUUGAAAACAGAACCUGGUAAUGAUGACUGGAUGAAAGACAUCAAUCUUGAUGAAAUAUUAGGUGGCCAUUCCUGAGACAAUGCAGUUGACAAUCACAAACGCAUGGUGUUUCUUUACGGUCGUUAAAUAUGUUUGCCCCCAAAACUUGGAUAUCACACUGUAAUGUUUGUAGACAAAAAGAAGGUAUCCACUGGAUUGGAUCCAGGCUUAGUCGUGACUGACUCAAGUGCUAUUGAUGUCAGUCAGCCUCCCUUAGUAUAUGAUGAAGCCUGGAUUAGGGUUGUAAAGAACAAUUGCAAAUUUUCUCAUCCUCAUUGAGAAAAGGGGUCUCAACACAAUAAGACACCCCAUUGGGACUGCUGCAAAAUUUUUUCACAUUUCAGGACUUUUGUGGAAAUUUCAUUUGCACAAGAAAACAUUUGUUUUUGUGUAAAACAAAAUCCCAUUUUUUUGGUUGGGAUUCUGUGUUUUGCUCUGCAAAAAGUCCCUGAAAGCAAAAAAUAUUGGAAAAUGUCCAUGAUCUCACUUCAUGAGGGGAAAACAUUUGAAACAAUUUCUUCAUUCAUGCAAGAAUGAAAUAAGCAAGGAUUUACAUCUCUAGUGUGGAUCCAACCCACAGCUUUCCGAAUAAUCAAAGGGGCUGUUAGUGGUUUACCCUGGGAAACCAUGCAAACAAUUACUAUAUUUGCCUACACACAAAAUCUACUUUUUCAAACUGAAAUAAUAUUUACAUCUAUAUGUCUAAGUGGAAACUCAGGAGGAAAUGUCCAUGACAUUAGAUAUACUAUAUAUACUCAUGUAUGAGUCAAUCAGAUAUAAGGGAAGGUUUUGGAGCCAAAUUAUGGAUUUUGAUAUUAUACAUGGAUAAUCUAGUAAUUCCAUGGAGAAGGAAAAGCAACAGCACUGUCUCAGAGGCCACUAUUUUCCAUGCAGGCUUUUUAAAAAAAAGGCUUAGAGGGGAUCAGUGCUCCAGGAUUUUUUUUUCGUGUCAGGAGCAACCUGAAUUGCUUCUGGUGUGAGAGAAUUGGCCGUCUGCAAAGAUGUUGCCCAGGGGACGCCCGGAUGUUUAGUGCUCCAGGAUGGACUAAGCUCUUUCCUUUUGCUAGGGAAGGGUUUCUUUUUGUUACCUGAGUUAAGGCACAAAACUUAAUGGAUAAGUUGACUCAGGUUUUGGGGGUCAAUUUUUGGACUAAAAUUAUUUGACUUAUAGAUGAAUAUAUACAAUAUAUCUGCUGUUCUAUUCAGCUGGAUAGAGCGAGGGCACAUGUACAUACAGACAUAUCUGGAGCAGUGAAUGGGGAAAACAAAAUAUUCAACCAGAAACUCUUUAGGAGUUAUCAUAGUAGUCACCAGACAUGAGCAAAAAAUAGUUGCUCUAUAAUAGGAUACACAUUUUCAUAUAAAAGGUCCCAGGCUCUUCUGCUAUCCUCCAGGUAGAACUGAGAAAGAUCCCUGCCUGAAAACCUGGGCAGCCACAACCAGUCAGUCUUGGUCAAGGAUGGAGAACUUACGGUGCUCCAAAGAUUUGGGGUUACAACUUCCAUCAGACCUAGCUGUUAUAGCCAGUAUAUUGAGGAAUCAGGGGAGCACCUGUGCAACAAUUUCAGGAGGGGUGUGCCUUCUUAAUUCCUGGAUGGAUCAAUGAGCUGACCAAGUACAAAACAGUAUUUAUGUUCUUAGAUCAGAUAAUCCAAAAUGCAAUGCCUUCAUUCUCGGUACUUGUUUAUCAUGCAGGUUCACUGCCAUCCCAUCUCUUCCUAAGUCUUAUCCUUAUAGGAUAAUGUCAUUCUUUAAGCACUAGAGACCUUCAAAAAAAUAAGUAUUCAGCCAUUUCACACCUCAAACGUCAUCCAUCUUCAACACUUUUUUUCCUACCCAUAAUUUCCUGCUCCAAGACCCUGCUCGUUCCUAGACCUUUUUGUGUGUGUCCUAUUUGCCCGUUUGCUGAGCUAAUCAGGCUUAAGGCAGUGCUUUCAACAUUUCAUUGUAUGCUGCCAAAAGAUCCUUUGACAGAGGACAGAAUAUAAACAUUUUAAUUAAUUAUUAGGGUACAUUUUGGAUUCAUUUGUGCCUUUCAGCUUAGUGCAGCUUCUGUCAGGAUAUUUCAGUGUCUCACGUGCAGAGAAAUUGAAAUAUUUGUAUCCAUAAUGACAGGAAAAUUCUAGGAGUUUAUGUCCAAAGGAAAAAACUUCUCCAGGCUGUGUUUAUUUUGACGGGAGGGUGCAGUUAAAGAAAUGUAAGCUGGAAUGCUCUAUAUUGCAUAAGUUUACACAUACUUAGCUGUGUAGGAAAGGUGAUAAGGAAACCUGUUAAUGAAUUGUGAAGAUGCCCAAGACUGCCCCAAUGGAUAUUAAGUUGCAAUGUGUAUCAAUAUGCAGUGGUCAAUUUGCUGGCUUCCCUACAGAGUAAUGCAACAGCAGCUCCUAGCUGAAUAUACAGACAUUGCAAAACUGCUCAGUUCUCUAUCCUACAGAUGUUAAGCCUACUUACAAAAAGUGAGUCCCAAAAUUAAUCAUUUCCAUAGGUCUCCAUCCUCCUCUUCAAGGACAUAGAAGAGCUAGACACCAUGGUAGCUUAACAUUUCUGGUUUCCCAUCAUUUCAUCCUUCUGCCUCUUGGCACACAUCCCAUUUUUCAAACGCACAAUAUCUUUGGAGCAGGUGAGUGUUUAUUUCAUGGCAUCAUGUACUAAUAGUUAGUGUUGGCUGUGUGACCAAAACGCGGCAAACCUAGGAUGUAUAUGUAUCUUUGGAAACAACAAAUCCUACAUCCUUCAUAACAUUAUGUAUCUUCUUUCUCUUAUUUGUUUUGAAACCAUUCUGGUUAAAUGCACUGCCCUUUAUUUUUGCAUUAUUGAAUCAGGAGCAUUUCUCAGUAUUGGCUUGUAAAUAUAUAUAAAACCAUUUUUGUAAACUUUUGUACAAAAAAAUGUAAUAUUUUGGUAGGAAUACUGGUAUCAUAUUCUUUGGGUUAUAUUUAUACGUAUGUGAAAUAAAAAUGUACUGUCUAAACUUCGUAUUUUGUAUAGCCAAGGAACAAAAAAAAUUGCUUACAUUUUGUAUCUCAAUAUAUGACGUUGUUGUUGAGGAUUAUA